CGCUCGAUGGCGAUGGUUCUUCCUUCUUAUAACAGCUCUCACCCGCCCGCAGGGUCUGAGUUCCGGUCGGGCUUCCGAUAACAGCAACAUCCUUACCCCGGUCCACAUACGCGUUGCUUACAGGUUCGAGCAUGCUGUGCUUAUCUCUUGCCAGGCUUCGCUCUUAGUUUUCGAUCUGAUGGUCGGUAUGCUUAACGAUCUUCAACGAUACGUUGAGAAAAACCGAUGAAAUACGCGGUUAAUGCCACGUCCUUGCUCGGAUCGUGGUACAGUUCGUGCUGUGGGCAUUCGGAAUGAACGACUGAAGUGACGUCGGAGGAUCCUCAGGUUCGACACUUCCCAUACUGCGAUGAGAAUCCGGCAUGCAUGAUAUGGGUGACGCCUUCCUUAGGCUCGUAGAGACAGACGAAGAGACGUCUUUUCUCGCUCUCCGGGGUUAUUAAAGCGCCCUUGGGCCGAGCUCGUUCGGUCGGUCCCUCGCCCCGCGAAGGAUCACUGCACAAGCGACCUCAUCCCUAGUGCUGUCCUCGCUAUGUUCCAGAACGUCCUCUUGUUCACCAUCUUGGCAGUCGGGCUCGCCGUCAGCGAUGUCAAGGCGGCCCCGCAUAUGGCCGAGCGUUCCGGUGCUCAUGCAAGCAUUGGGGUCCGAGCCAACUUCAAGCACCUGAAGUCGGGGACGAGAAUCAUCGAUGCAGACCGCGCUCGCGUUAAGGCGUUGAAGGAGCGCGCUGCCAAAUCCAAGGACUCCAAGUCGAAGAGAGCAGGAGUGUUCUCUUUUGACGUUACCAACGAAGCUGUAACGUAUCUGGCCAGCGUGGACGUCGGAUCACCUGCGACUACGUUCAACCUGCUCAUCGAUACCGGAUCCUCCAACACUUGGGUUGGAGCUGAUACCCCGUUCACGGAGACUCAAACGACGACAUGUAAUGGGGACGAGAUGGAGGUUAUCUACGGCUCCGGACUCGUGUUUGGUCUGGAAUGUACCGACCAAGUUGCGCUGUCGCCCGAUUUGGUCAUCCCAGAACAAGGAAUCGGUGUGGCCCUGAUCCAAGAGGGAUUUGGCGAUGGCAUUGACGGGAUCCUUGGGAUCGGACCGGUGGAUCUGACUGACGGUACUACCUUGGAUGGGGAGGAGGUUCCCACAGUCACCCAGAACCUCUUCAAUCAGGGCACCAUCACCUCGAACAUUGUCUCCGUCUUCUUUGCCCCCAGUAACGAGGAGGAGUCAACUAAUGGUCAACUCACCUUCGGCGGUGUCGAUACAAGCAAAGCAACCAGCGACAUCACAUUUGUGCCUAUCACGAGCACAAGUCCGGCCAACGAAUUCUGGGGCAUCGACGAAAGUAUAAGCUUUGGCGGAACUACGAUCCUGCCUACGACCGCCGGCAUCGUGGACACAGGCACUACUCUGGUUCUGAUUGCGACCGAUGCUUUCAACACUUACACAACGGCCACUGGUGCUACACUGGACGAAAAUACGGGUCUUCUCCGCAUCACUCCGGCGCAAUUUGCCAACCUCCAGCCCUUGGACUUCAAUAUCGGAGGGGAGACAUUCACGUUGACUCCCAACGCGCAAGCCUUCCCUCGAGCCCUCAAUACGGACAUCGGCGGCACGAACGACUUUGUCUAUCUCAUUGUGAACGACAUCGGCAGCGACCUCGGCGAAGGCCUCGACUUCAUCAACGGCUACGCCUUCCUCGAGCGGUUCCUCAGCGUUUUCGAUACGGAUAACAGCCAGGUUGGCUUUGCUGCCACGGCCCAGACGGACUCGACCAUCAACUAAGCGUUUUGUUUCACUUCGGGUGGACCUUCAUUUGCGACUACAAUUUCUAUCGUUAAUGCUGGGAUGCAUCAGGCGUUGAUUCUCAUGCUAACGCGCAUUAACGAUAAGCAUACAUUUGUGGUGACUUCCUUUUCAUGUCUGCUUCUUCCUACAAUCCGAAUGGAU